CAGGCUCUGGCCGGCCGGCCGGCUCCCCGAUGCCACCCCAGCAGCGGCGCCUCGCUAACCGGCGGCAGCGCGCGUGGAAGACGCAUCCACGGCGACGGCCAGCCGGGAGAAGCGGAGGGCCGGCCCUUCCCAGCAGCUUACGCCCAUCACCAUCAUCCCGGGUUCUCCCCGCCACCCGCCACCUCCUCCCAAUGGCAAACACAUCCCGGGCCGCCGCCCUUCCCGGGCUCCGCUUUCCUCCAGAGGCGAGAGGCGCUUACCGCCCCGAGCAAACGCCGAGUCCCCUGGCUCCGCCGCCCGCUUCUGCUCUCGGUGGGCGGGAACAGCCUUGCUGGCCCGGGUGGGAGAUUGCAAGAGGAGGAGGAGGAGGAGGAGGAGGAGGAGGAGAAACGCCACAUGCGACGAGGAGCAGCAGCCCCUUCGGCUCUGGGAGGCGCCGGAUCCGCCACCAGCAGCUCGGCCCGGGCGAAGCAGGCGAAGCGCCCUGGCCUGGCGGCUCUCCGUCCUGGAUGUGCAACCAGAUCCUUAUGCAAGCCCAGGCUGACGUUUACAGGGAGAAAAUGCUGUUUACUGGAAGCAGCAGACGGAAGUUGUUGAAGGUGGUGGCUGAUAGACAGGAUCAAUACCCUCUCAGCCUUCAGUUCUACCUGCAGCCUCCCACUGAAAAUAUAUCUCUAAUAGAAUUUGAAAGUUUUGCUGUUGACAGACUCAAAUUACUCAAAGUAGUAGAGAACUUGGGUGUCAGUUAUGUGAAAGGUUCAGAUGAUUAUAAUAGAAAGCUGGCAUCCGAAAUUCGGGCUCUUAAAUUUCCGUACAAGGCUUUGGCUGAAGAGGAUUAUGAUGCAAGAAGAAAAGAUCACAUUUCUCAUUUCAUAUUGCGUCUUGCCUACUGCCAAUCGGAGGAGCUUAGGCGGUGGUUUAUCCAGCAAGAAAUGGAUCUUUUCCGCUACAGAUUCACUCAGCUAAGUGGAGAAUUGACUAAAAAGUUCCUUGAAAAUGUCAGCUUGUCAUAUGAUGUUAUUCCAAAAUCCGAAAAGUUGAACAUUGGAGAGAAGCUGCGAAACUCAACUCCUGGUUUGGGUGGCGUUAAAAUAGAAGAGUUUGUCUUUUAUAAGGUUCCUUUCUGUGAUGCUGUGGAUUUAGUCCGUGUGAGAAAAGUUUACCUGCAUGGCGGCUAUGCCUAUGUACCUCAGCAAGAUUUUGUUACCAUUGUUCUGAACAAUUACAGAACCAAACUGUCAAAAGCCCUGGCACUCACAGCACGGUCAUUGCCCAUUGUACAAACAGAUGAGAGACUCCAGCCUCUGCUCAGUCAUCUCAGUCAUGCAUAUGUUGGUCCAGAUUACAGCAUUGAAAGAAACAUUGGGAAAAUUUCAUUAGAACAGAUUGACACUCUUUCUGUUAAAUCAUUUCCUCCCUGCAUGCGCCAACUGCACAAAGCUCUGCGUGAUAACCAUCAUCUCCGUCAUGGAGGCCGUAUGCAAUAUGGUUUGUUCCUAAAAGGCAUCGGUUUAACACUAGAACAAGCUCUACAGUUCUGGAAAUCUGAAUUCAUCAGAGGAAAAGUGGAUGCAGACAAGUUUGACAAAGGAUAUGCUUACAGCAUCCGACAUUCCUAUGGAAAAGAAGGCAAGAGAACUGACUAUACUCCAUUCAGCUGCAUGAAAAUUAUAAUGUCCAACCCACCAGGCCAAGGGGAUUAUCACGGGUGCCCAUUCCGUCACAGUGAUCCUGAGCUGCUGAAGCAGAAGCUGCAGUCAUAUAAAAUCCCUCCCUCUGGGAUUGCUCAGAUUUUGGAACUGGUGAAGGGCAUGCACUAUCAGUUGGCCUGUCAGAAAUACUUUGAGCUGACCCAUGACGUCAAUGAUACUGGGUUUUCUUUGAACCACCCAAAUCAGUAUUUUGCAGAGAGUCAGCAGCUACUCGGUGGCAUCAAGGAUAUCAAGAAAGAACAAAGGCAGCCCGAAAACUCCCAACCAAAGCACAGCAGCCAGACAAGUAUAAAUAAAACCUCCACUUCCUCUUCUGUAAAUACAACAGAGGAAAUGGAACUGGAGGGACUCGAUGACUACUUUGCUGAAGAUUAAGAAGCAUCUGUUUCCAUUUUGCAACAUACUUUUUACCAUCUCUGUAUUUUGAAGUAGCUCUUUUGAGGGUCAGGAACUGGCAUCAUGGUGUACAUAGGCCUCUUGAAUGCUGCCUUAAACAGAAAAAGGAAAACACAUUGUCAAGCAUCCAGCUUGUGCAUCAGUUUUGAAAAGAAAACUGCAACAUCGUUUGCAAGAUCGAACGACGGUGCAUUUCCAUUUCUGUGAGCAAAGCCCUCUGUAUUGCUAAACCUCCCACCUCCUCCCUGGGCUCUCUGUUACCAU